UCUUCUAGGGGAGCCUUCUCAGUGGUCCGCCGAUGUGUGAAGAAAAGUUCAUCCCAGGAAUAUGCUGCAAAAAUCAUCAACACCAAAAAGCUGUCAGCCAGAGAUCAUCAGAAACUGGAACGCGAGGCCCGAAUCUGCCGGCUCCUGAAGCAUCCCAAUAUCGGUAAGUUCUGUUGCAGGGCCGGUGACGGUCACUGCUCGCCCGCCCCGUGCUGGCCUCCUUCCUGCAGCGCUGUCCUGCUCCCUGCUCUAAAUGUUCGCAUCGGUGUGUGGAAUAAAUGUAUGCGCACGGAGCCGUGCGAGCAGGCAGGCAUGCAGAUUGCUCGUGCCGAGUCGCGGCGUCACCGUGGCCCUGACAAGCCGGGGUGGCGCUGGUUUUCUGCAAGCGGGGGGUGCGCGGCACGUCCUGGUUCCAGCUGCUUUAACUCCCUCCACGAGCGUGAAGUUAAAGUGUCUGGCGGCCACUGUAUUCACCAGAUCCUGGAGAGCGUGAACCACAUUCACCAGCACGACAUCGUGCACCGGGACCUGAAGCCGGAGAACUUGCUGCUGGCGAGUAAGUGCAAGAGCGCGGCCGUCAAGCUGGCUGACUUCGGGCUGGCUAUAGAAGUGCAGGGCGAGCAGCAGGCCUGGUUCGGGUUUGCUGGGACUCCAGGAUACCUCUCCCCCGAGGUCCUGAGGAAAGACCCGUAUGGAAAACCCGUGGACAUCUGGGCGUGCGGAGUGAUUCUGUACAUCCUGCUCGUGGGCUACCCCCCCUUUUGGGAUGAAGACCAGCACAAGCUCUAUCAGCAGAUCAAAGCCGGAGCCUACGACUUCCCGUCGCCCGAGUGGGACACGGUGACGCCCGAAGCCAAGAACUUGAUCAAUCAGAUGCUGACGAUAAACCCGGCAAAGCGCAUCACGGCCGACCAAGCCCUCAAGCACCCGUGGGUCUGCCAACGAUCCACCGUGGCCUCCAUGAUGCACAGGCAGGAGACCGUGGAGUGCCUGAGGAAGUUCAACGCCCGGAGGAAGUUGAAGGGAGAGAGGGUUUCCUCACCGGCUUGUCCUCUUUUCUCUGCAGCUGCCAAAAGCCUCUUGAACAAGAAGUCAGACGGAGUGAAGCCACAGAGCAACAACCAAACCAGUCUAGUAAGCCCAGCCAAAGAAACUCCCCCCGUGCAGACGUCCAUGGAGCCUCAAACGACGGUUGUCCACAAUGCCACCGAUGGCAUAAAGGGUUCCACGGAGAGCUGCAACACCACCACUGAAGACGAGGAUCUGAAAGCGCCCCCUCUCUGCACCGGGGAUGGCAGCUCAGUGCUUGAAGGACGGAGGCACAGUGAGAGCAAAACCCAGCCUGAGUCCAGGCAGUCCCAGCUUUCUCUCUGUUUCUCAGCCAUGCGCAAGCAAGAGAUCAUUAAGAUAACGGAGCAGCUGAUCGAAGCCAUCAACAACGGAGACUUUGAGGCGUACACGUACGUCCCGUGUCCCCGGGCGCUGAGGUUCUCCGGGGCAGCCUGUGGGGGAGUCGGGGGGCUGUGGCCAGGGCAGACACAGGCACCCUGCGGUCCAGGGCCCCGGCAGAAGGGGGAUGGAAGGCCCCUCCUGACCCCCCCCGUCCCCGUCAGCGGCGAAGAUGCCGCCUGCAUCGCCUACAUCCGCCUGACGCAGUACAUCGACGGCCAGGGCCGGCCCCGCACCACGCAGUCUGAGGAGACCCGCAUCUGGCACCGCCGGGAUGGCAAA